AAUAACACUUAUACAAAUAUCUUUUUUAAAAAUCAAUACCAUAAAAAAAAAAUAAAUUUUCAUUUUUUUUUAAUUAUAAUAAUAAUUAAAAAUAAUAAUGAUAAAUACUAUGCCAGCAAAGCUCACCUUUAUCUGUGUAAUUCACUCAGUUGUUGAACGUGAUAGUAAUAAUUUUAUUGUGAAAGAAGCUAUUGUUAGUUGUGAGAAAAGAAGAUAGUAAUACAACAAUGAACCUAAAAGUAAUUGCUUUUUUUCCAAAAAAUCCUUCAGUUCCAAAGUAGAUUUCAGAUUUUAUGUCUGGUGAUGUACUUAGAUUUACAGGAAAAUUUGCUUUUUGCGAAGAACCCCUUCAUAAUGAUAUUUAGAGGUUACGUUUCAACACAAGUACAAAGUGAUGAUGAUUUAUUUAAAAGUAUUAAGCUUACUAUCACUGAAUUUGUUGGAAGAAAGAGUGUUGAAAUGAUUUUAGUUAAUUCUGAAUUCCAAGUUGAAAUUCAAGAUAUAAAUUUUAUCACUAUGACGAAUACUAAUAAUAUUGGAAGCUCAACAGAUAAUUCAAUAUCUUCUCUAUAUUCUUGGUCAACUACGUCUUCAAGAAGAUUAUCAGCACAAUCAAUGGCUAAUAACAAAAAUCUCACAAAUAUUUCAUCAGAUGUUCAAGCUACAGAUUCUAAUAAUAAAGAACUGUCACAUUCAAACAAUGAACUAGUAGAACCAAAUAAUGAAUUAAACAUUGAUGAUGAAAAUAUAGAUGACAAUCCUACCUCCUUGAAUAAUAAUAAAAAUAAUAAUAGUAAUAGUAAUAAAAGAGAUUUCAUAUGUCAAUUGAAAGUAUCUUCUUUAAGGACAUCUCUUUUAUAG